AAUCAGUAGUUUCACUAUUGCAUAUAUUUGAUCUAUGGUACAGGUGAUUCUCGUUUCACUUAAUUUAUUUACUCUACUUAAUUUAACCGGUGAUUACGCUCGAAAGAGCAAUUGAUAGUUAUGGAUUCUGCAUGUCAAAAUUCAGACUUUAGUAAUAAAUAUUUGCUUAGUCAAUUAAAUAUAGCUAGAAAAGUUAAUAAUCUAAGACAACAAAUAAAAAGUCUUCGAUACAUUCAUGAAAAAGAUGUUGAUGAUAUAAAACGUCUUUUGGAAUCAUACAAAAAUGGAUCAUCUAUAUCUGAAACAAAAGUUAUAGGUCCAAAUGAUGUGAAACCUAGCACUAGUACAGAUAAUGAUGCUAUAAAAUUAAAACCAAUUGGAGUGAUAUCUACUUGUUUUCCUAGUAAACGUGCUACACCCAGACAAACAGGAGUCUGUGGAAAAGUACCAGGAAAACUGUUAUUAUAUAAUUCAAUAUUUACUAAUCCUGAUCAUGCACUUGAAGGAUUACAAGAUUUUUCACACUUGUGGGUCCUCUUCUACUUUCACAGAAAUGAUUCCACACAUAUUCGUGCCAAAGUUGCACCACCAAGAUUGAAUGGUACAAAAACAGGUGUAUUUUCUACACGUUCUCCACAUCGCCCAUGUCCAAUUGGCUUAAGUUUAGUAAAAAUUACAAGUAUAGAAAAUCAUACAAUAUAUUUUGAAGGUGUAGACAUGGUUGAUCAAUCACCUGUAUUAGAUAUAAAACCCUAUAUACCACAAUAUGACAGUCCAUCAUUUUUUGAGAAAUCAAGAAAUAGAUCACAAGAAUCUAAUAUAAAUGAUGCAUUUGAUUGCAUAGAAGAAACUGCCAGAAAUCAAAUAUGUGGUACAACUAGUAUUAGUCUUGGAGAUGAUACAAGAAAUUUAUUUUCAGAAUCUUGUUAUAAAAAAACUACUCAUAAAACAAGUCAAGAAACAGAUAUUUCUAGAGAUGAAGAAAUUGCUUUAAGAUUACAAGCUGAAGAGUUUCAAAGAAAUUCUAAUUUUGAAAAUUAUACCAAUAUAAGACAUUUUUCUGAAUUAAAUGAUAUCACUUUGCACAAUAGUAGUACAUUACGACAUAACAUAGAUGUAACUGCUAUACAUAGAACUCCUCAUACAUUUUCCGAUACUUUAUCUGAUACCAGAUCAAGUUUGAAUAUAAUUAGACACAACAUACUUCCAUCUAAUGUUGAACAAUCAGAAAGUUUACUAGAUAUAAAUAAUGGAUUACAAAAUAUUAAUGUAAAUGAUCGUACUAAUAUUGAAUCAGUGUACGAAUCGAGAAAUGUAGAAUCUAAUUACACAGAAACGCAUGCUCCUCGAUCUAGACUUUUAGAUGGAGCUGAUGGACCAAAUACCAUUUGUGGUACAGAUAUAGAUUUAAUUCAUAGACGAUCAUUAAGUUCAAGAAUCGAUAAUUCUCCCAUAAGAAUGGGCGUACGAGAAGCUCCUGAUGGAGAAGAAGGAUUAGAAUCACAAAUUCUCACUCCGCAACAUUUACCGAAUCAAGUAAUAAGAACUACAUCAAAUAAUAGUUUUCCAGACACUGGAGAUGCACAUUUAGUAUUUUCUUCUGAAUUGAGAAAUGCUGAAGAUAGAGAAUCAAGAGCUAAUUCUUCUUCAGAAGUAAGAAUUCCAGAAUGGAUAUCAAGACCUAGAACACCUCUAUGUGUGGUAUUUAACGAUCGUGCUUUAAUUCAAUUAAAUGAAAUCUUAGGAACUAAAAUUAACGACCAAAAAAUUGCAAUUGAAAAUGUAUUGCGCGAAGAUCCUAGAUCUGUAUAUUUAAGACAACGAUGGGGUAGUCAAUUUUAUACUUUCUUAAUUCACGAUUUACAUAUCACUUGUAGAUUCGACGACAAUCACGGCAUAGUAACAGUUUUCCAAGUCAAACACGCUGGUCGUAUUUGCGAAUGUGGAGAACCUGAAUGGCAAUGUUUGGGUCAUUCACCACCCUCAUCUUAAAAAACGUUCUCAUGUAUGUGUAUAUAUAUAUAUAUAUAUAUCUGCAUAUAUAUAAUAUUAUAUAUGCAUAAUAUUAAUUUGCU